CAUCAUACACACAAGGCCGCUGGGUGGUCAACAUUUGGGCGUCGCACAAACUGAUCUCAUUCCAACGCGUGCAUUUCUGUAGGAGUCUAAGGAAAAAGAUCAAGUCUGAUUUGGGUGUCUUUUCUUUGCAGAGGUCAUGUUUCUAUAAAUGAGUGGAGAUACGGUUCAGACAGGACGGAGGAGUUUGUUUGCUGUUUAAUUAACAGACACAUGUUGGACACAUAGACAAAACGAUGACAGAAUACAAAUUGGUCGUCGUUGGAGCUGGUGGUGUAGGGAAAAGUGCCCUUACGAUUCAGCUCAUUCAGAACCAUUUUGUUGAUGAAUACGACCCUACCAUUGAGGAUUCAUACCGUAAGCAAGUUGUUAUAGAUGGAGAGACGUGUUUACUGGACAUUCUGGACUCCGCAGGUCAAGAAGAGUAUAGCGCAAUGAGAGAUCAAUACAUGAGGACUGGAGAAGGUUUUCUCAUCGUGUUUGCCGUCAACAAUCGUAAAUCCUUUGAGGAUUUCAAUUUAUAUUGGUCCCAGAUCUACCGAGUGAAGGAUGCAGAAGAAGUCCCUAUGGUCUUGGUAGGAAACAAAAUUGACUUGUCAGACAGAACAGUUGAAGCAAGAGAUGGUGCUGCAACAGCCAAGAGUUAUGGCAUUCCCUACAUUGAGACAUCAGCUAAAACCAGACAUGGAGUGGAUGAUGCAUUUUACACGCUGGUUCGAGAAAUUAGGAAAGAUAAAGAAAGACGAAAUGUCAGCAAGAAAAAGAAGAAGAAGAGCAAGGGAAUGAAAUGUGUUUUGCUUUAGGAUAUUAUUACCCAAUUAAUUAUCCAUUUUAAUUCUUAAUUCCUAAGUAUAAAUGUUAACUUGUCUGGCACCCUACUUGUCUAUAGUUAAAGGUGCUCUCAAACAUUUUUACCAUAUUUUUGAAUUUAGAUAUUUUCAUUUCUGUGACAGAGUCAUUUGAAGCUUUCUCAACACUGUAUUUAGCAUUUGCUUUAUAUUAGGCAUUAUAGAGAAUAGAUAUUAUUUACAAUAUCUGAAUGGAUUGAUUUGUUGCAUGUGUCAUUCCACAAAGUAUCUAUCCAUUUCUUAUCAAGGGAUAUUCAAGCAAAAAUGUUCAGAACUUUAUGAGUCUGAAGAUGGUGUCAGACUUACAAACCCAUUGCUUAGAAUGAUGUGGGUGGCAUUUUCCCAUUUUUGUCGGCUGUCAAAAUUGCGACACGUUAUGGUUUAGUGCUGUAUGGUCAACUUGGAGCAAGUUCCAGUGCCGCAUUUAGUCGACUACUGACAGCAACGCACACCAACUGUGACGCUCUAACUCGAACUACUCGUUUGGAAGUCUAGUCGACCAUCAGUACCACGGUAUUUGUUCCCCUUUGCACUUUACUAGUGUUAGAAUGAAACAGGCCAUUGGGACCAGUGGAGCAACCAUGCUCAUGAGGCUGGUUCCAAAUGGUGGACCACAGUAGUCAACCAAUGGUCGACCAGCCUUGGUUUGAGUCAAAAUAAUCAACCUAAGGCUUUAGUUAAACCUUGGUGCUCACUCGAACUUGCUCUUAGAGUACAUGAUGUGAUUAUAAUUGCAGCAGUCUAAGCACUAAGAAUAUAACUAGCUGCUAAAUUCAAAGCUGUUGUGGUUUUGGAAAGGCAGGUACCAUGCUGGUAGCUAGGCACACAGCGUCCCUAUUAAUUGAAGCCACAAAAACAAAAACAAAAUUCAGUGAAAAUGGGAUAUGUGUUGGUAGGCAAGAACAAUGUGUUUAGGACCAUCAUGAAGUGGGUGAUCAUGAACUAACAAGUACUGCUGUUGUUAGUCUUGGCCCAAGACUACAGUUAUGAUAUUGGAUAGUGUACUACGCGCAGCCGUAAAUCGCUAAAGCGGUAUGAUUUAAUUUACUGGCAAGCUUGAAAUCUAGACUAUACUGGCGAGCUACUUUAGCCAUUUGCAACUGCGCGUAGUAACUAUCCAAUAUCGAGCACUUCAGUCUUGGGCCAAGACCAUGCUGUUGUACAAUCCUACUAUUGAAUGGCAGCUGUUGGACAUUACAGCAUUGGGUUUUUUUGUAGAGAGAUAUCUUACAAUCGUCUUGUUGUCAAGAUCUGUUCAUCAACCUCAACCUUUUUUUUCUUUGAAAGUUUUGAGUUGGUGUUUAACAUUACAAAAGUGCAACCUUUUCAGUAAACAUGUACAAUGUAAGUGUUUAUUAUACUAAAGUGAGAUUUUAAGCACUUUUCUAAUGACAAAUUAGUUUCGAGCUCAUUUGAUACAAAAUGGUUUACCCCCUCAGUAACAUUCUUGUCUUUUUGUUGGUAGUUGUUUUUUUUGUUUUUUUUUAGAAUAAUAUGGUUAUAAUUUGAUAAAUGUUCAAUAUUAGGAAUUGGAAUAUAAUUGAAUACAAUGUAAUCCCAAAGCGGUCCAGGAAUUGUUUUUGAUGGAUACAUUGUGCCAGUGAGUGAUGAUAUAAUGAUGUACAAUGCUUACAAAUUUACUUUCUGACUUCUUUUUCUUAAUACAAGUGAAACUUUCUUAAACACACCAUCUGGUAAGAAAAAUAUUCAAUAGAUAAAAAUUGCUGAGAAGUGUUGACACAAUUUAGGUUUGUGUAAUGGAUCGCCUUUGAAAGAUAGAGGUCCAAUUGGAUUAAAAUUCUAAUGCUUUCAUUGUCCACUUCACAUGACAAGUUGGUUCCUUAUUAUUUCCUUGUUGCAAUGAUGGUCAUCACUCCUUAGCUUCCAUUAAGUGUAACUGCACGUGACAAAAUACCAUGUACACAUGCCUCUGACUCGUUUUUCAGUGCUUUUACCUUUGAAUACGAAGCAAUUCCUGGUUGAUUAUCUCUUUGGUUGAUUAUCUCUUUGGUAAAAAUAAGGAAUUUCCCAAUUUGGCUACGGCCACAUUAGGGAAACAUGUUAAGUGCAUUCUGGAAACCAGUCCAUACUCUGAGCUGUCGCCCCAAAUGCCAUCCAGACAUGGUUUAUUAUCCACGAAGUAUGUAAUGAAUACACAUGGAUAAGUAAUAAGGAACUAACCAUUUUGCCGUUGACGUAACUGUUGGUAGUUUUGUGAAAAGCUAUAAUAUUAAUGUAUAGACUUAUUAUUCCAACAUUUAACUCUGCACAUAAUAACUAUUUGGAUUUGUGUACAUAACUUAUAGAGAAACAUUAACGCAGUGUAUGUAGUACAUGUCUUAUGUGAAACCCCUCCCAAGUGUUUGUUUUCCAAUCAAAUUAAAUAUUUUGGUUCCCUCUAA